UCUUUUUUUUUCCCCAGGUACUAAGGAAAGUCCUCGACCUGUUUUAUCUCUGUAUCCUUUCAGAGACCUGGAGGUUCAGGAAGGUCUAUUUUUAACUGCGUUUCACAGAUAAGGAAAUCGAGUUUGUGUGAGGCACAGCUGCUUGCGCAAGGCGCACCGCAGGCGGAUGCGCUAUCCCUAGGCUAGCGCGCCUGCGGCCCCAGAGCCAAAUCCGGAGAUUCUGUCUGUGGAGCCCCUGGGGUCAGUGUGCCCGGCUCGAGGUGGACAGGGACUCCAGUCUUGGCUCUCGGGGGCUUCUGCCCAGGCCCUGCCCAUUUGACCUCCUUCCUCCCUUUUUAUACCGGGAUGGUGCCAGAGAAGGAAUUGCCAACGGGUUGGACUGGUUUGAGAGGCUGCAACCCGGGGGUGGGGCAAAGUCUAGUUACCUCGUCUGGGCCCUACUAGGCUGCCUUUCCUACCAGUCUUCAGCCUGAGGACUCCAGGCAGUAGGCCUUAGUGGGGCAGCCUUCUUUUCCCACCCGACACUAUCCCACCUGCCUUCCAUUGCCGGUGUCCAGCUGCUAAUUUUGUGCCCGAAUCUCGGUUUCUUCAUUUCUCCGGUCUCAGGUUGAAGCCAUCAGGGUAUGUAACAGCCAUGCCUGUGGACACUCUGAAUCCUGGCGCCCGAGACCCUCAGGCCCCACCUUUCCGCUUACGGACCAAAGUCCCUGGCUACCUGCUACGGAGACCAACAGAUAGUGGAGCUCGGAAACCCAGUGCAGUCGAGCGCCUGGAGGCUGACAAGGCCAAAUAUGUCAAGAGCCUGCAUGUGGCCAAUACCCGCCAGGAACCUGUGCAGCCCUUGCUGUCUAAACAACCACUCUUCAGCCCUGGGACUCGUCGCACUGUGCUCACUCCUAGCCGGCGAGCCCUGCCUGGCCCUGGCCGCCGACCUCAGCUGGACCUGGACAUCCUUAGCAGCCUCAUCAACUUGUGUGAUAGCCCAGUGUCCCCUGUUGAGGUUAGUCGUACCCCAGGACGGGCAGAGGGAGUCUGCCAGACGUCCCUAGCCACCCCUCAACGCCCAUCGUCCAGUACUGCUGCAGUUCGACGAGUGGAUGUCCGCCCCUUGCCUGCCUCACCUGCCCUGCACUGCCCAUCGCCAGACACUGCCAUCUCUCCUAGCCCUGCCAGGACCCCAGGCUUGCAACGCUCCAAGUCAGACUUGAGUGAGCGCUUCUCCCGGGCAGCAGCUGAUCUGGAACGAUUUUUCAACUUCUGUGGGCUGGACCCAGAGGAAGCUCGGGGCCUGGGUGUGGCUCACCUGGCUUUGGCCAGCUCAGACAUCGUGUCCCUGGCUGGGCCCAGUGCUGGGCCGGGUAGUUCUGAGGGAGGCUGUUCCCACCGUAGUUCUGCCACUGUUGAGGAGCGGGCCCAGGAGCGUGUCCCCUAUGGAGUUUCUGUGGUAGAACGCAAUGCCCGUGUGAUUAAGUGGCUGUAUGGGUUGCGUCAAGCUCGGGAGACCCCAGCAGCCGAGGGCUAGAUCAAUGGAUUUGGCAUUGGCCAUAGAACAGAUCUAAAAGGCCCUUGGCCCCUUGACCUCUCCUGUAUCCAUGCCCUGGGUUGGAGCAGACCAGUCUGUGGCAUAGUUUGAGUUUAUGGAGGCUAAGGCUCAGAGAUUGGACCAGCAUGUAUAUUUAUCAAGGACUGACCCGGGAGAGACUUGCCUCUCGAACUUGGACCAUCCCUUGCUCCUCACAUGUAGGGGUUUUGACAUGAAUGAGCCCAUGCUUCCUCUUGUGGGUUUGGAUUUGACACACACACACACACACACACACACACACACACACACACACACACACCGUUCCACAGAGAAUGAAGGGCCAAGGGACUUCAUCAGACCUGUCUACCCUGGGUCUGCUUCUUCCUUCCUUGUCUGUGUUUUCUGACUUCCUCUUCUUUAAACAGUGGUCCUGGUUCCCUGGGAACUCACCCUGGGGUGGGGGUGGGGGU